UAUAAAUACAGAAGAGAAUGAUGAUCAUAAGUGGAAAGUCACACUCCUCCAUCACUACUCUUCAUCAUCACAACAAAUCCACUCUCUGCAACAACCCUUUUGGUUUCUCAUGCUUUGCAUUUCCUUAUAAUUACUAUACAACUAAUCCUUGAAAUGCCCUCCACUUCUUAAACCAAUUGCACACUACACUCCUUCAGAAAUCGCGAACAAACAUAUUAUUACUAGCUCAGAGCACGCGAGUUUUGAGGAUCCAGGAAGAUCAACCAUGUCCAUCCAACAAGUACCUGAGAGAAUUUGGAAGAAAUCAUUUCACAAUAGGCGUGACUCGGAUGAGCUUGACGUCUUUGAGGCAGCAGGAUAUUUCUCGGGUGCCAAUGAAGUUUCGGGUUACCAGAAAAUGUUGAGAUCAGGUAGGAGGACCAGCCUCGACAUUCCUAUGAUGAGUAGUACAAGAACUUCCAUGAUUCAAGAACAAGCCCAUCAAUAUGAUAAUGUGAUCAUGCCCGAAAAACCAACAAAGGAGAAAAAAUACAAGCAACCUAAUUCACCAGGUGGAAGGCUCGCCACUUUCUUGAAUUCUCUGUUUAGUCAGAAUUCUUCGAAGAAAAAGAAAUCUAAAUCUUGCUCUGCACAGUCUAUGAAAGAUGAAGAUCACGAGAGCCCUGGCGCGAGGAGAAAAAGGAGAAGCAGCAUUAGCCAUUUUCGCAGCUUUACUAGUACUAAUAAUUCUUCAUCCGUCAACAACUCAAAAUCAUCAUUUUAUUCUUCUUCAAGUUCAGAAUUCACUACACAUCCUAGUACAAACACUCCAACGAAGAACACCUACAAGGACUCCAAGCCUACAAUACAUCUCAACAUGUCGUCCAAGAGUAACAAGUAUAAUGUUAAUUCCACUACUUGGCAAAAAAAUGAAGAUCAUGACAAUGUUUGGAUGGACGAGGAGGAAUUCAAGUUCAGCACAACAACAAUCUUUGACAGUAACAGAGCUCCUUCCCAGAACCGCGAAAUCUUUGGAAAUGGUGCAUUUGAUCACGAAAAAAAUCAACCAUCAGAAAGAGAUUUUCGAAACUUUAUCAAUGAGAUGGACGAUGGUGCAGAGAGUGAUUCAAGCUCGGAUCUGUUCGAACUGCAGAACUAUGAUUUAGGCUGCUGUACUUAUUCAAGCGGACUUCCUGUUUAUGAAACAACUCAUAUGAGUAGCAUCAAGAGAGGUGCACCCAUGAUCACUAGUUAGUGGCGCUCUUUGAAUAUGUAAUUUCCAUUUUCCAUAUCUAUGCGAGUAUAGUUUAAUUU